UUUUUAUCAAAGUUGGAUCGCGUGUUUUCUUUACAUAAUAAGGUCAAAAGGGAAAGUUUUAAAACGUCAAUCAUGUGCGUUAUACCUGUUGCAUACGUGACCAAUGUUAAUGUUGAGAGAAAACGAAUUCCACGGGUGUGUACAGUAGGAAAAUGUCUACGAACAAAAUUAUUUGUACUUACCUGAGAAACGGGAGCAUAGCCAGAUCAAUUUUGUGUAGUGAUCACAAUGUAUAUUGUGGUGAACAAAGAACUGUGCAUACUUCUACAGAAAACAAAUUUCGUUUGUACCAAUGCAACAAGAUUGAAGCAAGACUCGCAGGAAAUCAAAAACCAGAUUGGAACAGGGCUGUUUCAGAAGCAGAAAAAAUUGUUGGAUAUCCAACAUCAUUUUUGAGUCUGCGAUGGCUUUUAAGCGAUGAAAUAGCAAAUGUAGCAUUACAUUUAAGGAAAUUAGUGGGAUCUAAUCAUCCUUUAUUGAAAACAGCUAAAGGCAUCAUUUUCAAUGGACGUAAUAAUAUGCAAGCAUGGGGUCUGAUCGUACUGUUGAUCUCAAAAGCUGCUGGUCAUUUAAAUGUAGACGACAUGGAAGAAGAUAAAGCUGCUGGAGUGCUUCAUAGUCAGCGGGCAUUAGCAGAAGUCACAGAAAUGAUAAGAACCAGUCAUCUUGUUCACAAAGGGCUAAUAAAUAUCGAACCCGGUGUUCAUUUAGAAACUUCAGAAUUAAAUGACAUGAAUAUUGGCAACAAAAUUGCGUUAUUAAGUGGAGAUUAUUUACUAGCUAAUUCUUGUGCGGAAUUAGCAAAUCUUCGUAAUCAAGAUAUUGUAGAAUUAAUGUCAAGCGCAGUACGAGAUUUAGCAGAAGCAGAAUUUGUGGGACGUAGAGAUAGUCAGAAUAAUCCUUUACCUCCUGUACCUCCUGAAAAUCGUACAGAUUACGCAGUAAAAGAAUGGACUCUUAGAAAUGUAUUGAGUGCUGGUGCUUUACUUGGAAAGUCCUGUAAAGGUACAUUGAAAUUAGCUGGACACAGUAAUGAAAUACAAGAGCAAGGUUAUAACUUUGGGAAACAUUUAGCAUUGGCUUGGCAAGCUUGUUUAGACCUAGGUCCAUUUAUUGUAAAAGAUCAGACCACAAUGUUCAAUUUGUGUUCUGCACCAAUUAUGUUUCACAUUGAACACGAUCCAUCGAUUUUGACAGAAAUCGAUAAAGGAUUACAGUCUGUAAACAAUGUAGAUUAUGCUAAGGUUCACAAAAUUGUUACAACGGGACCUGGAGUUGAAUUAACAAAACAACUACAAAAAGGACACUCUCAACGAGCAAUGGAAGUUUUAAGUGUAUUUGAAAAAAGUGAUGCAAGGACAGCAUUAUAUAACAUUAUAGCAGCUAUGGAAGAUUUCUAAAUACUCACUUAAACAGAAAAACUAAUGUGUACAUUUUAUAUAAUUACCCUAAAAUCAGUUUGGGCACUCCGUCCUAGGUUAUGUUUUCAGUUUUAACAGGAAUUGUAUACAAACAUGUAGAAUUUAUAUAUAUAAGCUAUAUUACAAACAAAAUAUUAUAAGUACUGUGAAAAUUACAAACUUGAUACAUUUUAUAAUAAAUAAUGUUUACAUAAAUGUUAUGACUAUAACGUAUAUGUAUGAUUGAAAUUUACAAAUUCUGAAUUUAUAUUUGUUUCUCAUUUU